CGCGCAGCCCGCUGCACUACAGCUCCCGGCAGCCUCCGCGCCGCGCCGUGACUCGGCGCGGGCGACGGCGGCGCCGGCCGGGAUGGAGUGAGGGGGCGAGCGGCGGAGAGAGUGCAGCCCACCGAGCUCCGGCUCCCUCCCCUUUCUCUCUCUGGCCCGGGCCUAUGCGGCCCCCCAGAGACCAUGGGAUCCAGGAUCAAACAAAAUCCAGAAACCACCUUUGAAGUGUAUGCUGAAGUAACCUAUUCAGGAACCAGUUGCAUUGGAAAAGAUCCUGAGGUGCGGAGGCAAUUCCCAGAGGACUACAGUGACCAGGAAGUUCUACAGACUUUGACCAAGUUUUGUUUCCCCUUCUAUGUGGACAGCCAUGCAGUUAGCCAAGUUGGCCAGAACUUUACAUUUGUGCUUACAGACAUUGACAGCAAACAGAGGUUUGGAUUCUGUCGCUUAUCUUCUGGGACCAAGAGCUGCUUCUGUAUCUUAAGUUACCUCCCAUGGUUCGAAGUGUUUUAUAAGCUGCUCAAUGUCUUGGCAGAUUAUUCAGCAAAAGGACAGGAUAGUCAAAGGAGUGAGCUCCUAGAAACACUUCAUAGACUGACCAUCCCUGAGCCAGGAACCUCUGUUCAUCUUGGAGUGCACUCCUACUUUACUGUGCCUGACAUCAGAGAACUUCCUAGUAUACCUGAAAACAGAAAUCUAACAGAGUAUUUUGUAGCAGUUGAUGUCAACAACAUGCUGCAUCUCUAUGCCAGUAUGCUGUAUGAACGCCGCAUCCUCAUUUGUUGUAGUAAGCUGAGCACUUUAACUGCCUGCAUUCAUGGGUCCGCAGCUAUGCUCUACCCAAUGUUCUGGCAACAUGUUUACAUUCCUGUUCUGCCCCCACAUCUAUUGGACUACUGCUGUGCCCCAAUGCCCUACCUCAUUGGAAUACAUUUAAGUUUGAUGGAGAAAGUUAGAAACAUGGCCCUGGAAGAUGUGGUGAUUCUUAAUGUAGACACCAACACACUGGAAACACCUUUUGAUGACCUUCAGAGCCUUCCCAAUGAUGUGGUUUCUGCACUGAAGAACAGGUUGAAGAAAGUCUCUACAACCACUGGAGAUGGCGUUGCAAGAGCAUUCCUAAAAGCACAAGCAUCUUUCUUCGGGAGCUACAGAAAUGCACUGAAAAUUGAACCUGGCGAGCCCAUCACCUUUUGCGAGGAGACGUUCGUGUCCCACCGCUCUGCCGUCAUGAGGCAGUUCCUGCAGAACGCCAUCCAGCUCCAGCUCUUCAAGCAGUUCAUUGAUGGCCGCCUGGAUCUUCUUAACUCCGGAGAGGGCUUCAGUGAUGUUUUUGAAGAAGAGAUAAAUAUGGGAGAAUAUGCUGGUAGUGACAAAUUGUACCACCAGUGGCUCUCUACAGUAAGGAAAGGAAGUGGAGCCAUUCUAAAUACAGUAAAGACCAAGGCUAACCCUGCCAUGAAGACUGUCUAUAAAUUUGCAAAAGAUCAUGCAAAAAUGGGAAUAAAAGAAGUGAAAAACCGCUUGAAGCAAAAGGACGUUGCGGAGAACGGCUGCUCGGCGGCACCGGAGGAGUCUCUGCCAAGGCCAGCGCCUUCUCCCGGGCUUGAAAAGAAGGACUCUAAGUUAAGGGAAGACAGAAGACCAAUCACAGUACAUUUUGGUCAGCAGCAAAGACUCCGUCCGCCUCGGCCACCACCUCCAAAGAUACAGCGUUCAUCUAGGCCCGUUCGGCCUCCAAGACCUCAUGUUGUUAAGAGACCCAAGAGCAAUAUUGCUGUGGAAGGGCGAAGGACUUCGGUUUCUAGUCCAGAACACCUUGUAAAGCCCAUGCGACACUAUACAGUCUUCCUCUCUGAGGACUCUUCUGAUGAUGAAUUUCAGCAGGAAGAGGAUCCUGUCUAUGGCUUCUCUGAAAACUUUUUCUUCUCUGCUCCUUUCGAAUGGCCGCAGCCAUAUCGGGCCCUGAAAGAAUCUGAUAGUGCUGACGGGGAAGAGGCUGCCAGUCCGGAGAAGGGCAGAGGCGCUCGGCCGCCGAGCCCGCGCCUCACGGGCAAGGCCGCUGAAGUCAACCUCCUGGAAGACAUUUUCCCAAACUUGGAAGUGGAAACGCAGCCGCAGCCUCUCAGCCAAGCUAAAAGCCUGGAAGACCUGCGGACUCCCAAAGAAGAGGGAGAUCAGCGAUGCACAUUUGAAUACCAGAGAAUGGAUCUUGGUGUGCCUGAGAGGAACCGGAUCGUGCCAACCAUGAAGCUCUCUCACCCCUACAACAAGCUGUGGAGCAUGGGUCAUGACGAUAUGGCGAUUCCUACCAAGUAUUCCCAAAGCUCGCCCAAAAGGCCCUUGACUGCGCUUGGUAACAUGCCGCCAAUCACAAGGAGACCCCGUAGCAAAGACAGCGUGCUGGCUCCUGCAGAAAAGGAUGAAUCAAGCCCUGCCCCUCAAGGGAACAUCACUAUUCCUAGGCCACAAGGAAGAAAGACUCCUGAACUGGGGAUAGUCCCACCACCACCAGCACCCCGAGCUUCCAAGCACCAGACUCCAGCUGGGUCAACAGAAAUUCUCACCACCCAUGCUGCAGGACGUAGCCCUUUGGUUUCGGAUCUUAUCCCAGAGCCCUUUGGACUUGGUAGUGUGUCCCGAGACCCUGAAAUCCAGCAGUCCGUAAGUUAUUCCUCUCAUCCCUCCCAGCUUUUGUCCAGUGCUGCCAGCACUGCUGAGAUGCUCCAGCCUGUCAAGGUGAAGACAGAUAACGCAGGCAAUGAAAGCGACUACCUUCUUAGCCUGCUGGAUCCAUUAAAAACAGCCAGCUGGCAAAGCACUAGCCCGCAGCAAGGCCCCCACAACCUGCAAAGCGCGGCCACUCCACCUGCUGCACCUUUGCCAGGCAGCUUUGCCUCAGUGGCAAGUGACUUUGUGCCUCCUCCAGCUGCACCAUUUGUCCAGCCGCUCGGCUAUCCUUCCCCAGCACCACCUUUUCUACAGCCGUCUCCUAACCCAUUCACACAAACAGUGCCAGGAGCCCUCUCCGUGUCUCUAGUUAGACCCCCAAGGGGCUCUUUCACCCCCUCCCUAGGUCAUGCGUAUAGCUCUAGCUUCAUAGCACCUAAUUCUGGUUUCUACCAACCACAAAGACCUCAGCCAAACAUUUCAACGCUGUCCAUGCCCAACUUGUUUAGCCAGGCUCCGGCCGUGCCACCAGCUAGCUCCUUAUUGCUGCAGAGCCACAGCCUUUCUCCAACCAGCUCUCUCCAGCCAGCAUGUUUAAGUGGUCCUUCUAAAACCAGAACAUUGCAGGUGGGACAGUCCAGUUCAAAGGUAGAUACCAAGCAAGCACUAGCUCUCCUGUCUAAUGAACCUCCUUUGAUCCCUUCCAGGCCAGCUAAGGGCUUAGAGUCAGUGUUAAUACCCUCAAAAUCUGAGGAGACAAAAGAUCCAUUUGAAGAAUUGUUAAAAAAGACAAAGCAAGAGGUAUCAUCCACACCAGGUAAGGUUGAACAGCUCAGAAAGCGAUGGGAAACCUUUGAGUAAGACUCCCGAUGGCCUUUUGAUGUGCCUUUGGGAUUGACAGGGGCUUUGUUUUAUUUUGUGUUUUGCGCCAGCAUAAAACUCAGUAUGUCUUUUAUGGAAGGCUUAGCCAGGUGGCUGCAGGACCAUUGCCGUGCUGCGAUUCACAGCGCUUUUUGUGCAGAGUUCGUUGCUGGGAGUCCCUGCACUGUCCUGGUCCCUGCAGCUGUCUUCUCACUCCUCACUCUCCACCGCUGAAGCCCUCCCAGGACUCCUGCACUGACCAAAGCAUGAAGGUGGUUGGGGUUUGGUUUGGUUUUCCACACACAGCUUUUCAGACAAUACUACUGAUGCUGAAGUGGCUCCUUCCCUUGUAUUUUCAGUCCGUAGCACAGCCGGGAGCACAGCACGGCACAUCGUACCAGUGUUUCCUUCCUGCCUGUGUGAGCGGCGGUCAGUUCAGUCACUCCUGCCCUAGACGUAUAGCCUAGAGUGUUUUGCUUUCACAUGUCGAGUGCAGCAAACAGAUCCAGUCUUGUGGGCUGUGCUGAAUUAAUCCACGAGGCUUAAAUUGAGUUUGUCCUGUCUUGAAAUAUAGGUGUUCAUUUGGGUUAUGCAACUGUAUGAGCUUUUGUAGUAGAUUUUUAAUUUCCCUCCCCCGAUACGCCCCGAGAGGCUGCAGGGACCUCUCUGCUGCAGAGUUGUCAUAGUUCCUCGUUGCAACAAAAACCAUAGCACAGAGCAGAGCAGCCUGCUGCUGCUCAGGGUUUGGUCCUGGGUCUCUGUUGGGAAACUGGAAACACCAGCAAUUGCUUUUUAUUUUUUGCCUUUGGGGGGGGGGGGGGGGAAGGGGGGUUAAAGACAUCAGAAAAUAGAAUCCAUAAAGUGUAUCCUAGUCCUUAUGUAAGUGUAUGUUAAAAUUAUAUAUAAAUGUUAUAGCUGACAGUACAUGAACAGGAUGUAACUUAUCAUCUUAUUUGACUAUUAAAAACAAAAAAAGAGAGAGAAAAAUUGGGGUAUAAAAGUUCCCAGCUCAUGGGUUAAGUGCCAGUACGCUGAGCACAGGUCGACGAAGGCUGCAGCGUGGGGUCUGUGCGGAGGGAAAGGAGACUCCCACGUGCUGCCGUGUUGGCCCGUGCCUGUGUGGCAGCCGCCCGUCCCUCCUGCACAUCAGCGGGGCCCGUUGCUCCCCUGCAGCAGCCGGGCUUUCCUGCGGGGCUGCAAGGUCCCCCCAGCCCCUCUGGAAAACCACAAGCUUUAUCCCGCUUUUGAUGAGGACUUUUUUGCUGGUGCAACAAGCCUUUAACUGGACCGUGGACUGGACUGUGGGGUCAGGAAGUGCAAAAAGCAGUGAAAAGGUUAAAGGGUACGUUCAUGCUGAUUUUCUAAGACGCUUAUCUGUGGCAAUAGUAUUCCUAAGUAGUUUCAUCUUAAUCUUAGCAUCUCUUUUAAAACCUGCUGUCUUUACAGUGAUCAUUUUUGUGUUACUUAAGUGAUGCUUUUUUUUGUUUUGUUUUGUAUUUGGCACAAUCUGAUUUAAAACAUGUUACUCUAGAAGAGGUAAUCACAUCACCAUCAAGCCUUUGAUAAAGUAAAAGAAAUCAUUUUGGACACAUGGGAAAUUCUUGUAAAGCUUUAUCUGAAUUAUUUCCAAUGUAUCUAUUUUAUUCAUAUAACCUUGGAGAUUUUCUUACUCUAAUAUAUGAAAAUGGCUGUCUAUGCGUUUGAGUCUGUGCAAUACAAAAGAAAAAUACUCUAAUAUCUGAAAGGCCAACAGUUUGGGAAAGACCUUAGUAUUGUAUUAGUAUAGCUAUAUUUCUGUAAGUACUGUUGCUCUUACAAGCCAUUCAGUUGGAUUUGUAUUUUCUCUUUGUGUUGGAAGACAGAUGGUUUUGGUAUUGCAUAGUAAAGUCUAAUACAAUAGCACCACUUUAUUUUAUACUGUUCAGAAUGUAACAUUAUGUAGAAAUUAUAAAGUUGGUCUGGAAUUUCAGUUCUCCUUUGCUAUGAGCCAGAUCAUAAAACUUUCUCAAUUAUGGUGGAUCUGUAUAAGCACCAGAAGGUUCUGCGUAUGACUUAUCAUCUGAAUUUCGCAUACCUUUUUUUAAAUUUAAAGUUGUACACUGACUAUAUACUGAGUAGUCCUAUUACACAUGCUUAAUUAAAUAGGAAAAUGUUCAGGUACAUCUGUAUCAUUGCAGCUCAUUUUCCAUCUCUGUUUCUUGUUUUACUCUGCCCACACUGUAUAGCGUAAUGCCAAAACAGAGUACUUCAUGUAGGUGGGAUUUUUUUUUUAGACAAAAAAAAGCACUCUGGGUGCUUUUGGUUGGUUUGUUUUUCUUAUGUCAGGUGUGAGGCACUGAAAAGUAUUAACACUUACUCUAAAUGGCAUCAAUUGCCCGUCACUUUAUUUUAAAGGUGGGAAGUUGGGCACCCCGGGAGAGGCAGCAGUACGCGGCUGCACGCUGCUGCCGUUCCUGUCUUUCUUUCCUGACUUGGUGGAUUGAGUUUGCAGGCAGGAGACUGGUUUGCGCGUGUCUCAUAAUAAAGGAAUCAAACCAUCCCCAGGGCA